AUGCCAAUGGGGAGGACAAUAACUUUGGAAGUUGAAAGCUUUGAUACCAUAGGUAAAGUGAAGGCCAAGAUUCAGGAUAUAGAGGGGAUUCCACCGCAUCAUCAGCUUUUGAUCAUUGCUGGGAAGAACCUCGAGGGUCCUAGAACUUUGGAAGAAUACGACAUGCCAUUAGUUUUUACAUUGCACCUGAGUCUGAAGUUUGAAGAUGAUAUGCGGAUUUUUGUAAAGACUUUGACAGGGAAGGCCAUCACGCUGGUGGUGGGGAGCUCCGAAACCAUUUGUAAUGUGAAGAAAAAAAUUCAGGCCGUUGAGGGGUUUCCAUGGCAUCAACAGCGUUUGUUCAUUGCUGGAAAGAAGCUUGAGAAUAACAAAACUUUGAGGGAUCAUAACAUCGAAAAAGAAUCUACAUUGGACCUUAUUCUUGGUCGUGGAUGGGGAGGAGAUGUUUUUCAGAUUUUUGUUGAGACUUGGAAUGGGAAGAUCAUUGGGCUGACAGUGGAGAGCUUGGAGACAGUUAAUAACUUGAAGGCGAUGAUUUGGGUCAUAGAGCGGAUUCCAUUUCAACACCAGUCGUUACUUUAUGAUGGAAGGCAUCUAGCGGAUGGUAAAACUUUGGGUGAUUAUAACAUCCAGAAUAAAUCUACAGUGCACGUGAUGCAGAAGAUGUAUGGAGGUUGUUAUCAUGUUUUUGUUAAGACUUUGACAGGCAAGACCAUCAAGGCUUCUCCAGGAGCUACAGGGACCAUUGAUGAUUUGAAGGCAAAGAUUCAAGACAUUGAAGGGAUUCGACCACAUCAUCAACGUUUGGUUACUUCUGCAAAGACCCUUGAGGAUGUUAGAACUUUGGCGGAUUAUAAUAUCCAACAAGAAUCUACAUUGGAUCUGGUUCUGAGGCUUGGACGAGGUGAUAUGCUGAUUUAUGUUGUGAUUAAUUUGAAAAGGAACUGGAAGAUCAUCAUGCUGGAGGUGGAAAUCUCGGAUACCAUUGAUGAUGUGAAGGAAAAGAUUGAGGAGAAAGAGGGCAUUCCCGCUGAUCAAACAAGACUUAUGUUUGAAGGGAAGGAACUAGAUAAUGGGCAGACUCUGGCUGAUUAUAAUAUUCAGCAGGAGUCUACUCUCGACCUUUUUGAACAAUCAUGA